AUGGGACAGGCUUUCCAGACAGAACCAGAGGCCAAACACCCCACCGUGGUGCCGGCCCGAGACUUCGACCCGGCCCGUGAUGCUGCCAGGAUCGACACGGCCAUUAAAACCAAAGGUGAGCGAGUCCAGGAAAACUCCCUCCCUGAUAUUUCCCUGCCAAGCCCACCGGUCAGGAAGUUUCCACUGAGUUAUGUAACUGUGAUCCCACCACUUCUCUCUCCGAGUUCAACUGUGCACAGGAAACACAGUGUCCACGACUCGGACAUCAUCGAAACUGCAGCAACAGAGUUUUCUGAUGUUUUCAUGCAGGGACUGGGGACCGACGAGGAGACCUUAAUCGAGAUCGUCUGCUCCAGGAACAAUGAAGAACUCGCUGAGAUCAAGAGGGUUUACAGAGACCUGUUUAAGAAGGACUUAGAGAAAGACGUAGCAGGAGACACGUCGGGAAACUUUGCUAAACUGCUGCUGGCUCUGGUUCAGACGAGACGAGAUGACCCUUCUAACGUUGUCGACUAUGAGAAGAUUGAUGAGGAUGCCAGAGUAGGCUCCACCUUUAACAGGAAACUGUACUCAGUAUGGAAAGCAAUCGGCUGCAAGUUUACCGAGGGAAUCGCGGCUCCCCUGCCGACAGAGAGUCAAGAAACUUUCAGCCCAUCUCCACAGAAGAUGGCGAUCCUCUCCCACGUGCUCGCUCUUCGUCUUCCGUCUGAGAAACAGCUUUUCACUCCAAGACCCUCAUCGUCAUCUGUCACCGAACUUCCUAACAAAGCCGUCAUGUAA